AUGGAGACAUUCAUUUUUGACCAGGCAACUGGUUCACUUUGUGAGGUUGAAGAUCCAGAGUUGGAAUACCAGCCUCGCCCAUUUUGCCCAUUCAUCGUCAUCGGUGAAAAUGGUGCAGUUUUUGUGAAAGAGGCGGAGAAUGGAUGGGUGAAGAAGGUGAUCAACGCAGCGGGGACUAGAGUCAUCCCAGCCCAGCCAGUGAAGAUGAUUCUGAAGGAGCAUCCAACUGAGCAUGUGGAUCCUGAGGCGUUCCCACAGUUUUCCAUUGAAUCAUGCUGCCACACUGGGUAUGAAUUCAUGGCGUUCCGGGAUAAAAGGACUCAGGUGAUUGAGUGCAAGACUUUUGAUGCACGGGUUGGAGAGUUCCAGGAGUUCAAGUGCAGGAUGUGUCCGGGAACUUGGGGAUAA